AUUAGCUCUCCCACAAGUGCCCCGUUCGACACUCCAGAGUGCAUGACGGCAACAGUCAAGCCAUCUACACCAGUCUCGCCGAGAAUGGGGAAACCGUCCUCUGGCGUUGGUCGGUAUCCAACGGUGAAGUAAUCAUACGCGAUCUCCUCUCCGUCUUUGAAUGCCGCUUGUAGUUUGGCGUACAGGUUGUCUGCGACAUCUUGCGGGUUGUCGCCUGGAUCUGCCCCAGAAUAAUCAGAGCCAAAGCGAAUGCGACCAUUGUUGGUUUGUCGCAGAUGCAAGUCAUUGGUGGCUGCGAAAUUUUAGUGAUUGCGCAAAAUAGUGUUAACACAAACGGACUUACGCAAAGCAAUGUUUUCGGUGGCAAGCAAAUCCACGCUCCCCAAGCCUCCAGCCACAACAACAUGGUCAGCGUACACCUCCUCGCCGCCCUCCAAGACUACACCUGCAACUCGGCCAUUCUUUUUAACGAAAGAGGUGACAUUCUUUUCGAGAAGUCCUGCACCUGCAGUUUGGGCCGCUGCGACAAGCUUCUCUGCGACAAUCUCGGCUUCCAUCUGCCCUUCCUCGGUGUACCGUAGCGCCCAGUUUGGCAGGAAGUCAUCUUCAAACUCAGGCGCAUAUUUUGAUGCAAGCUCCGUCUUGUUGACUUCGAUGACACCGUAGCCCCACGCUCUCAGUUUCUCCCCGUACUCAGAUCGCUCAGUCUCAUUCGCAAUUUCCCAGUUCAGCGAACCGCCCCAAUGGAUGUACUCAGAGAGCUCCGGAACUGCUUCUUCUAUCUCAUGCCAUCUGUUCAUUGAUCGACGGCGGAAGUCGUAGUAGAAUUUGGAGUCCGUCGAGCCUGCGUUUACCCAUGCGAAAGAGUUUGGGGUCGCAACACCGCCGACCUUUGCCGCAACUAUGGUGGUGUUUGUGGUGUUAGACUGUGACAAGUGCCAGGCAAUUGAGGAACCAACUAUGCCACCACCAAUUACCACGACGCUCUGCGGUGCUUCGAAGGUAUUCAUCUUGAAAUUUUCUAUUCGCAAAGGAUUGAGCAGGUGCUGCUGGAGGGCAAAUCCAGCGGGGUUCAUCCUGCUUUUACGUUCAACGGAUAGAGUCACGUGCGUGUCUGAUUUCUUGUCGCAUCCAUACAGUAUUACCUGUAGGAUAUCGCUUUUCCGGUGUCGAAUGAGUAUCGAGGACGCAAAGAGUAU